GUAAGGUGUCGCGUUUCUAUCCUGGUUUCUAACUUUCCCUGCACCUUAUCCACUAGAAAGGAAUGAACAGUUUCGGAAAAGUGCUUUUUUGAUAAGCCUCCCACACCCACUCAUGAACAGAUGGAGCUCACUCACACCAAUCAGCAAAAAGAUAUCAAUGAACCGCACGGGCCUGUUAAUCCUGCGGCUUUCCUAACUGGGGACGCCGAAAACAGCGACCGCUAUCCGGCGGGGCGCUGCGUGGACUUCCCGGUGUCGGUGGUUCUCCCAGCUGGCGGUAGCGGGGAGAGAACCGGAUUACAAACACCGAAACAGUUCUGCUCAUUUCUGGGUAGACCACUUAUAAGCUACACUAUCCAGGCUUUCGAGAGGGUGUCAUGGAUCCAAAGCAUUGUGGUUGUUGUUGCCAAAGAGAACAUGGAGCUGAUGAUGGACAUCGUCCGGCGGUUCCAGCACUCGCGGGUUCGAGUGGUGUCAGGCGGCUCGACUCGUCACAGGUCGAUCUGCAACGGCGUCCUGGCUCUGGGCGAGGAGGACAGCGCGGCGGCCCGAAGACCCAAGGUGGUUAUCAUACAUGAUGCAGUGAGGCCGUUUGUGGAGGAGGACUUUCUGUACGAGAUCGCCGUGGCUGCCAAGGACCAAGGGGCAGCCGGAGCGAUCCGCCCCCUGGUUUCCACGGUGAUAGCCACCACGUCGGAGGGCUACCUGGAUCACUCUCUGGAGCGCGCCAGGUACAGGGCCAGCGAGAUGCCGCAGGGCUUCACCUACGAUGUCAUCUACCAGGCCUAUCAGAGGUGCACCGAGUCAGACCUGGAGUUUGGCACCGAGUGUCUCCAUCUGGCCCUGCAGUAUUGUGGCACCAAUGCCAAGCUCAUUGAGGGGCCGCCAACGCUGUGGAAGGUGACCUACAGAAGGGAUUUGGCUGCUGCAGAGUCGAUCAUCAAAGAGUCUCUGUCGCAGACCGCCUGCCUCAUCACAGGAGGACGUGCACCUGCUGCGGCGCUGGCGGACGCUCUCCAAAAGGCUCUGGACAUGGAGGUGAUUGUCACCCCAGAUCUGUGUGGGGAAAACACCAGGCAUCUGCUGAAGGAGUGGAACUUCAUCCAGCUUUCUAGCAAUUAUUCUUCGUUGUCUGAAGUGGAGGCUAUUAUCGAGUCUUUAGAGGCCGCGAAUCGAGCUCUUCUUCACCCGUUGGUCAUCGUUUUGGUAUGUUUGAGCAGUGCAGAUGAGCCGUCUGUCAGCGGAGAAGUGGAAGGACCUUCUGCGAUUAUGGCGCUGGCCUCGACGGCAAAACUCCAAAACAUUCUCCUCUAUGGCAUCCAGCUUCAUCAGACCGAGGACACCCAGAGCUGGGAGAGGUCGCGGCUGAGGGUCGCUGAGAUCGCGUCAGCGUUGAUCCGGGAGAGGAGCCCGGCCCUGGUGGGGCAGCUUCUGCAGGCAUGAGGGGAAGCAGCGCCGACAGAAAACUUCUCCUGUGGUUCAUGAGUGCUGUUAGUAUGAGACAUUUUAUUCUUUUAUUUAAAAUCUCUUGAACAUUGCAUCAGGGUAAAGUGAGAGUUUCUCACAAAACGAAUGGCCUUUUCACAAAGAGGACUUCAGAGAACUGCCAAAAAUCAAAGCUGCAGAGGUUAAAUGUCACUUCAAAGAGGGUUAACGGAAUCCUACAUUUCCCAUGAUGCAACGGAGUGAAGUUUUUAAUUCUCUACGAGGAAAACAGCAUUGCAUGUUGUUUUUCUUUUGUAUGGUUCGAUGUUUUUUCCUUGUUCGAUGUUCGAUGUGUAGACUAGGAAUACAAACAUGUUUCACCUUCCACCAGGUCUUCAUCACUUCGAAACCCGGUGGGAUUGAUGAAGCUUAAUGGGUGGAAGGUGAAAGAGUUUCGGGAUUGGCAGUGGCAGGAUUUCGUCACUUUACUAGCUGCUUUAAGAAUUCAAAUCAAGACCUUUGUAUCACUGUCUACAAAGACUUCUGCUUGUUUUCACAUGGAAGUUGUGUCAAAUACAUUUUCCAAUCAAUAUCUACUUUGUCAGAAACUAUCUUCUCUUAAAACAGUGAAAUGAAAAUAAUAUUAUUAAUAGGAAUUCUUAGAAAUAAAGAGGCUCCUGCAGAGAAUCAGCUGUGAAGUCACAAAACACGGCGGUGACUUCACUGCUGCGACGAUGACGAGUCAAGUUAACACAUUAACAUAAGUUGAUGAAAUCCUCAACGAGGUUUCGUCGCUAGAGAUACCUGGAUGUCAUGACUGAGUUUGAAAGAUGAGUAAAGGCAGUGGAUGUUUCAAAAGUUUCCUGAGAUGUCAGAUUUUGUGCUCAAAUACUGUAUUUCUUAUCGUCAUAAUUGAUCUAUCUGUAUCGGACCACCUUUGGUCAAGAAGCAUGGAAAUGGGACUUGAAUGUACCAUGGAGGGAUAUGCAUAACAUCUUAAACUAGAUACUGCUGCUAGUAAGGUUCAGUUGGUAGAUCACAGUGCAGGAAAAAAGCCUUAAUGCUGUCAUGAUCGCUGAUGACAUUGAGAAUCAACACUCCUUCUGCGCCGCAGGGUAAGAUUUAAUAAACUAACUGUGAGUGACUAAUUUGGAAAGACAUUACUCCAGAAUCUGGUGCUACACAGCAAGUAUCAGAAUCAGAAUCAGAAAAGGGUUUAUUGCCAAGUUUUCACACGAUGAAUUUAUUAUGGUGAUUGGUGCAACACAAUACAAUUAUAAAAAAAAUAUAUAAGAGAUAAAAUAAAAUGUAUAAACAAUAAAAUAGAAUGUAGACCAGAUAUGUACAAAAUGAGGUUUUAAAGUGGCAGGUGAGUCUGUACAAAAGUGACUUAGGAACUUAGGGAUAGGUAAAAUGUAUAGACAGAAAUGUACAAAUGAGGUUAAUAAAGUGCCGGAUGUGAUAUGAUAUUGUGAUACUGCUAGCUGCCAAAUACUAGAUUUAAAGCAUCUUGUGUCGGGUUGCCCCAUAGUCUGAGUUAAACUCCCAGCACUAGUGGCGAUUAACCUUAGCUAAUUUGACUAAAUUGGCUAACUUAUCCAACUCAAAGGCUGUAUGACUAGAGGGCAUUGCAAUUAAAUAACUUUAGAUAUUAAAAGCAUUGUUGCUUUAAUUUAUCUUAAAUACAUAUUAAAUUGGCAGCUUACUCCAAAGCAGACGUUUAUCUCUGUUUUAUUUAUUAAACACCAUCACCUUUCCUCUCAGAAUACCUGGAAUCGGUAUUACAAGUACCCCAGACAUAUCAUUUUAAUAAUUUAGUUUGUGUGAGUUGAAAGCUGCAGAUGUUGGAGCUCCAGUCCCACGUGCAGCUGACGCUCAUCCGCAUCCGAGGGAGUCUUACUGAUGGAUCGGUUCAGUCCUACAGUUGCUGCUGACCUGUCUGUGAUUUUGGUAUUUUGUUAAUAGAUGUCAGAGUCAUUUAUAGAACAUUUUAGUUUUCAGAUCUGUUUACUUGAUAUUUUUUGUUGCAGCUUUUUAACUGUAAUUUUUACACUUAAACUUGGAAUCCAUUGAGAGAGCGGAAGUGCUGCAGAAAGGAAAUUCAAAUGAAUGUCAUUGUUUGUGGCAUGGCUUCAUUUCAAACCUGAAGAGAGCUGAGACCGUCCACCCUCACCUCAUCCCCCACCCGACCUUUUUCUUUACAUUCAUCUUAAACCAUUCAGGCCUUCUGCAAGUUUUGAAUCCUGGAGAAAUGUUUGUGCUUUAACACUUUGAA